AGCAAUGAAGACAAGAUAUAUUAGUCAUUUAAGGUCAUUAUUUAGAUGCCAUCGGUAGCUAUGGGCUUUCAUUAUCGUCGUGUUAUUAUGCUACCCAUUGAUCAACAUGAACGCUUGGGAUUGGAUCCAACAAAAAAGCUGAAGGACGCCGAAUGGAUUUAGCAGCUCGCGGCCGGCCACUCCCAGAGUCACGAAAGAGGCAUCAAGGAGUGGUUGGUUGCUCGAAGGUCGCAGCAGCAACCCUCUUUGAUAUCCACAGCAUCCCAACGAUACCCUACAGUCGCCGAGCCAAGGAGCCGAAGAGCAGCGGAUAACAAAAAGUAGCAAGAGAAGCCUUGUUUGGUGGAUAUUCGAGACCUUUACUUGACGAAGGAAGAGGUAUUGAUUGCAUCAAAUCUACCAGCCAGGAUACCCCAGAGUUCAACGGAUCACGAGGAUAACGCGAAUCUUUUCAGUUGAGCACAGUACUGACGGGCUUCUCGAGACACCACUGCUGCAUCAGAGAGCCUUUUUCAUCAUACCCACACGAGAAGGCUAAUGCCCAAAGGUUGAGUGGAUACCCCAUUAGUUGAUCAUCACAAUGUCCGCUCCGCCGCCACCACCACCAGCUCCUCCCCUCGGGGAGUCCAAGAUGCUCUAUCUGACACCCAUCUUGAAGAAGCGAAAGGACGGUCUCGCACCUACAUUGCUGCGUGAGAGGCAAAGUGACAAUGGAUCGGCUGUCUCCAAAGCUUACAGGACCAGCUCUUUCUUGUUGCACUCGUUAAAGGGCUGUGCUGGAGAUGAAGCUGCGGAAUUGCAGGCCAUUGUGGUAUCAAUUCAGGAGUGUCUCGAGGACAAUGAAGGUCCCGAUAAAGAUUAUGUCGGAUUGGAUUUCACUCCCCAGGGCUGCUCCUGGGUGCUCGGCCUUAGCCCUUCCAUUGGAUCUGGAGCUUCCCACAGCUACUAUAUAGAAGUCAACUGCGCAGCCCGGCAACUUCCAGGGGCCAACAACACCGCCUACGAGGUCACCACCAGUUUGGUGCCAAAGGUUAAGGGCGUUGAUGCCAAGUCCCCCCAACUCAAAGGAUUCCGAGAAGCCAAGGUUGCCUUUGACUUUAUGGUUCUUCAGGUUAGGAAGACGGUGGUUAAGAUUGAAUUCCCUGAAUUUCCCGAGGGAUGCAAGGGCCGUCCUUUCCGAGAGGUGUAUCAGUUGAACGCUCGACUCAAGUCAGGAUCUUUUGCGACCGUGUGCCGUGGAACUCACAGAUCAACAGGGAAAAAGGUUGCCAUCAAGUGUGUCCUUCGUAAGGAUUUGCCUCCCCCAGAUGAUGCAGCCAUCUACGACGAAGUUGCUAUUCUUGCAUCCCUGAACCAUCCACACAUUGUCCCUCUAAUUGACUUCUUUGACGAGAAGGAUUGCUACUUCCUUGUUAUGGAGCUCAUGAGUGGAGGUGAUCUUUUUGAUCGUAUUGGUAAAAAGAAGUCAUACUCUGAGGCUGAUGCUCGUGAUCUCAUUGUCAAGAUGCUCAAGGCCGUUGGAUAUUGUCACGCGGCCAAGAUUGCUCACUGUGACAUGAAGCCGAAGAAUCUUCUUUUGAUGAGCGAAGACAAUGACUCGUACAUCAAGUUGGCCGAUUUCGGAUUUGCAGCGCGUUGUCAUGAUCCCAAGUCUCUCACCAAGCAGUGUGGUACCCCUUUCUUUGUAUCGCCGGAGAUUCUCAUGCGAAAACCCUAUGAUCAGCAGUCGGAUAUGUGGAGUGUUGGAUGCAUCGUCUUUCUCUUGCUCAGUGGAAACCUACCGUUCAUGGGACGGAGUCAGAAGGAGCUGUUUAGGAAAAUUGUUGCUGGAAAAUACGAAUUUGAGGCCGAUGAUUGGGAUGAUAUUUCCGAGGAGGCAAAGGAUCUUGUCAAAAAGUUGCUGGUCUUGGAUCCCGACCAUCGAAUGACCGCCAUGGACGCUCUGAGACACCCAUGGCUCAAGACUUCACGUGACCAGCUGGACCAGAGCAGGCUGGAGGGUACCGCGCAGAGAUUGAAGACGUUCAAUGCCAGAAUGAAGCUGCGAUCUGCUAUGAUUGCGGUCGAUUGGGUCAGCAGUCUCAAGCGAAAUUCGUUCAUGACUGCCAAGAAUAUGUUGGCAAGCAACCCAGCCAAAGCUGGCGCGACAAGCAAAUUAGCAAACCUGACGAUAGAAGAGGGUUGAGUCGCUGGCUGGCCGAAUGCUUCCGCACACACUAUUCUUGCCAUCCUUCUUGCCUUGUUUUGAUGGUGUGCAAUGCUGUGCAUUACGUGGAGUAUAGUAGAUUGGGAUAUCGGAGCCAUCUCUGAGUCACCUGGUGAUGGAGUGGGCCUAGAUUUGUGUUUGUGUUCAGAAACCAUGGACAGGGUGGUAGAUACCGUAAUCACGUAUCUUAACAUAAGGCUGUUCCUUAGUUCUGUGCUUCUUCAUCAAAUGUCUCUAGCUUUCUUCUGAUUUUUGCGUAAGAUGAAACCAAUGGAUUUGCCAAAAUGGUGUUCUCGUCUCCAGACAGUUCUACCGGUAUCUAAUCCCGAUGGUGUCCUUUGCGAGUUCUAUCCACAAGCUAGCUAGUAGUCAGGGUUGGCUUCGGCGUCCAUCAGAAGCUACAAAGAGUUUUGCCGCAGACGAAGGUUUUAU